AACAUCGGGGUGCAUAUGUCUUUUCAAAUUAGUGUUUUUGUUUCUUUUAUAUACCCAAGAGUGGAAUUGCUGGGCCAUGUGGUAGUUUUAUUUGGGGUUUGUUGAGAAUCUAUGGCCACAGUUCUGCCAUUACUUUGCUACCUCCUUGUUUGACUUGAUAUCUUUAGGUCCCUCUAGGAUUUAUCAUUCUACCAUCUAGGCAUCCUGCCUUCUGAUCGUUCCACUGGCUGCUUUUGUAUUGGAACCAGUGUCGGAGGUACAGGUCUGUGCAGCUAUGUGGAUGCCUUGGGUACCUUUGGGCAGAACCUGUUUGUCAGUUGGUGGUUUAGGCAAGUUAUAGGUAAAACACUGUGAAAGGCUCUGUCUAGAUCCUUAUCUUUUGCUCCAGCAGAAUCAGACAAAUGAAGCUGAAUGUUGGGCAGCCUUUGUUCAAAAAAGGAGAUACUGGUGUUUGGAGCAAGUCAAGCCACUAAAACAGAACAGGGCUCAGACAUGGGGGAAAGAUGUCAUAAAGCCCUCUGUGAAAAGCCCGAUGUGUGAAAGUUAGGCCAGUAAAAUCUCACAUCUUUCUGAGAGACUGAAGCAAACCAUCCUGGAAUGUGAAAGUGUUCAUUUUAUAAAUAGAAUGAAAUCUUUCUCCAUACACUGGAGGUCUCAGGAUGGGUUAGUAAAGAUAGAAUAGAUAUAAAAUAUGAUCUCCUCUUAAGUGUUCCCAUUUGUUUUGUGUGUUGGGUUUGUUUUAUAACAUCCAGAUAAGUCUAAAGGCAGAGAAGAGGUCUGUUGUUAAGACAGCAGUGUUUCUUUGAUAUUGAAUAGUUGAAGGGGAUCUAAGUGAUUGUGUGACUUAUUUUUAGACACUAUAAAGCCACCCUUGUGAGCAGGGAAGAGUGGAUGUGUUGGCAGCCAGCUUAGCCUGGAGUCUGUAGUUGCUUGAAGCUUGGGAAAGCUGGAAGAAGAAACUACUCCAUACAACUCAUGUGAACCUGCUCCUCAAAUAGUGCUGAAGCAGCCACAUCAGAUGUGUGACCCUUCCAGCUCACUUUACAAGGAAAGUGAUCUGGGUUAGAGGAAUUAUUCAUGAUGUUUUAACCCAUAAAUUCCUCCUUCCUCCUACUCCUUUAGCCCAACUUAAACUCUGCUAAGUGGAGAAACUGAUAUCUAAGCACAAGUAAGAUGAAGUCACUUAUCUUGAGAUUUCUUUAAACCUUUAAUUAUUGUAAACAAAAGGUCUAGUUUCUUUGGAGCUCAUGGUGAUGUCUUAGUUGUGGGGCUGACUCUUAUCAGAUUGAGUCAUCUUGGACUUGAAGAUCUAGAAUAACAUACCAUCUGCUAUGAAGAAAUUAUUACAGUAGUUGGUCUUGACACACAAAGAUUUGUAUUAAUGAGCUUAUCCACACCAUGCUUCAUUUAGUUCCUGCAGGAAGUCUGUGCUGCCCCUGGCACUCAGAAGACAGGAUUGCCAUCCUCCUGUUCUCAUGGGGCUCUGGGGCUCUUCUGCCAGUGAGAGGCUGAGUUCUAGACACACAAGGUAUCCCCCUUCCUUAGUGAUAGGGAUGCAAAGGAGCAUAAAGCUCUUGACACAUAGUAGGUGUUUAGUAGAACCUUGGAAGGCAGCUGAUAGUAGGGAACAUCCUCAUGGCAGAAUUUGCUGCAUUUUUAUUACCAGCCUGACUUUACACUCUCUGGCUGGCGCUUACUCUGCUUUUGUAGACUCAGCCCUGGGAUAGGAGGUUUGCAGGAGAGUCUGAAUCUUGAUCCUCAUUGUCCUUCCUCUGCAUCUCUGGUUUAAGGCUUUUCGUCAUCCGUGGAGAGCUGUCCCCCCGGUCUCUUUCCCCAGUUUUGGCAAAGACUCAACAGGCGGGCCGCAUCCCUCGAAGAUCUUGUACAAUUUAACUGGAAUCAGGACACUGAUUACGUGCAAGCAAUCCUCAAGCUAAGAGCUUUAAAAAUGAGAUUUUUCUUUGAAAUUUAAAAGAAAGUAGAAUACAAAUGUGCUUGCUUUUCAACAUAGAUUGAUUAGCUGGCAGGGAGGGAAGGCCGGCCUUUGAAAUCUAUAGGCAUCGUGUUGCAGGCCUGACCCCGCUGACCCUGGGAGAUUAGUAAUGGUCUCCGCAGCCUGCUCUGUCAGCACGUCUGGCAGGGCAGGCACAGAUGGUGCCAGUUGGAGAAAAUCACUGCUGAACGUUGCACCGCGGCCUCGUCUUGGCCGAGCAGCCUCCGGAGGAGGAGCCGAGACUGGGCUAGCUACAGAUGUGUCUUGCCCGUGCCCAGUGCUUCGGAAUAGACCUGCGAAGAUGCCAGUCUGGGUGGGUAAAAUUUCAAGCCAUCAAGAAGAAAUACGGUUGUUUCUCCAAUGUUCCAACAGGAGCCAUUCCAACAUCACUUGAAAGAGCUGUGGCAUCCGAGUGCGGCUGCCAAGAGGAAUCCAGGAAAGCCAAAGAGCCCAAGCAUGUCAGACCUUCCUGUAGCCACACACACACACCUCAAACCCCAAGGAAGCGAGUGAGAAUCACCGGGAAGGAGACGGCCAACCAGCUCCAGGGCUGCAUCGCUGCGGGCACACCAAGCUUCUCCUGGUUACCUGAGCUGCUGUUGCUGUCUCCCGGCUUCGGCUUCUCCAUGGCGCACGGGAACGCGGCAUCGUCGGUCUACGCAGCGCAGAAGAAUGACCUGCUGGUGGAGCUCUGGCCGGGGUCCCCUCGCAGUCAGGCGAGGGGACUCGGAGGACAGGGUGAUGCGGGAGAAGACCCGGGGUGGGAUGGAUAGAAAGAAUGCCAAGGAUCGGGGCAGGAGAAGUUAGGAAUUUGAUCCGUCCAAUGCCCACUGGUCUUCCCCAGGGCGCACCCAGCUCCCGGGCAUUAGUCUGGGAGGAAAGACCCAUGGCGAGAUAUGGUGGCAUUUUACUUGAGAGUGGAGCUGAAGAUGGAUAAACCUGGUCUCUGAUGUGUCUGCCUGCCUGCCUGCCGACGAGGCAGAGUUGGAGAAAAGGCAGAGCGAGGGAGCGCCUGAGAAGAAAGAGGAGAGGCGGAAUGCUGUUCGAUUGUCUGCCGCUGGCCCUGCAUUCUCAUUCUAGGGAGGAAGGCAUAAUUUAUAACCCAGUCCAUGGGUGGAAGAACUGUAAAUUGUAGUCUGGAUGUCCCCGGUGCUGUCAAGGAAGAAACUGAUGGGCUAGGUGACUGUACCAGUGUCCCCAGGGAGAAGAUCAGCCUUACAGCGUGGAUUUAAAUGCAUGUGCAUGCAUGUAGAGACAUGAAAAGAGGGCGAUUUCUGACCAGUUUACACAGGAAGUCUGUCACUUGGCUGGAUCGGGCUUGAUUGCAGCUUGUAUUUUCAGCUUCAGCUCAACACCCAUUUCCUGACUAGCUAGAGAGCAUGGCCAAAGCAGCUGCAUGCAGAAUUUUCUUGUUAAUGUGAAAGCAACCCUCCUCAGCUUUAACUCCUUGAAGUUCUGAAUGCUCUGUGCUUCGCUCGGACUGACUGUAGGGUUUUGUUUGCUUCUUCUUCGACAGAUCCCCUGUAAACACAGCUGUAUUCAGUAUGAUGAAAAAUUCUAUCCAGUAAAUAGAAAUCUGAUCAAUUUAAUCAAAAUAAAUGUAUCCCAGAUGACUUUGAGACCAGCUGGCUACCACAGGCUUCAGAUGCUAAGCGUACAAUGGAGAUGAAUGCAAUCUUAUAUUUACGUGUUUCUGAAUUCCCGGAUCAGCCUAUAAUUAAAAAAAGAAAUCCUUUUGUAGGGAAGAGGUGGUCCUACCAGCUCUCAAGGUAGAUGGUUAGAUUCAAGUAUGGAUGCUGUUCAUGAGAUUUGGGAUCACGAUGUCGCAUUUCGAGGGCGUGUGCCAUGUGGCAGAGCAGAGUCAUGCUCCACAUAGAGAAAGCCUGCAUCUACCUUGCCAUCUGGAGACGCGGGUGCCCCGGGAACAGCCUCUGGUGAGGUUGGGGCGGGGGUGCACCUGAGGCUUGUUUUAGAUUCUGAUGCAUGGGCUCUGGUGCUCCAAGCCCAGCUCAAAACUGGGGGUGAGGUGCUUUCCCAGUUGUCAUGGGGAGCUUUUCUGGGACGCCUGUCUGGCCCUUCCACUGUUUGUUACUAUUUCUACAAAGGCGGCUCUGUGUGUUGGAUUAUGUUUGGCCAGCUGUUGGUGCAUUCCUGCGGGUGGGGCUGGGUGGGGACCUGAUUACUGUACUUGGAAACUGUAGAUCUCUGUGCGGUGGAGAGCAGGGAGGGAAUGCAAAGAAAGCAGGUUGGAGAAGCUGAUCUCUCUUAGAGAUUUGCUCCAGGUAGUCCUACAGCACAUGCAGAAAGGCUUCCAGUGGAGGGAAGGAAAGAGGGGAUGAUGGGGGGCAGGGAGCAAUGAGGGAAGGAGAAUGCAACUGAGCAAGCCCAUCAGAGAGAAAAACAGACUUUAGAACUUCAAAGCUGCAUAGACAAGCAGAAUGUCAGCAGCUUGUAAUUAGUGGUUCAUGGUUGCGUCAGCGCCUGCACCUCUCCAAGAAUAACUGUGUGAUGUGUGCCACAGAGUGAAGAAGACAGUCAUAACUAAGUUAUCAAACCCAGUUCAAACCAGGGCAAAUGGAGUCAGGAAUUUUUCUGUGUUUGUAAAUCAAAUCCUCAUGGAUUACACGUCUAAGACUUGCUGGGUUCUGCAUAAUUGAAGGCUGGAUUAUCCAUUUGUGGGGGAGGGUGGGGGAUAUUGUAUGCUCAUUAAACGAAACUGUGAACCCUUAAAAAUGCAGAUGAAUCGUGCAUGUAAAUAUCAGCGUGCUCCCCGUCAAUACACGGUAUUUCCUCCAAUAGCCCCUAGCAGCUGUUGCCAAUCGCCCCGUAUCUCUGCAUCCACACAGAGUUUUUGUUUGCUUGGCUUUUGUGCAUUCACGUGGAGAGGAGUUAAAAGUUACAGUUCAGAUGAAAUAGGGUCAAUUAAAUGCGAAAAAUCACAUCUUAGAAUUGGGCAACUGCAGCGGGGUUCUGAUGUUGCUGGCCCCCGUGUAAACCUUGCCGGAGCCUCGGCGGUCUCGCAGCCAAACAGCCGUCUGUUAGGAAGCCCGUGGGAAGUCGGGGCACCGCAGUGGUGGGGAGGCGAAGGCCACGUUCACUUCCCUCCCUUGUCUCUGGCGCUUAGAGAUUGCGGUGUGUGUGACUCCAGCCCCACAAAGAGCCGGUGGGAGGAGCUGAUUGGUCGGGAGGCUGGGGAUGUUUACUCUUAUUUGUUUUCAGCGCUCCUCCACGGCGUUCAUGCCGUAUUUGUAUUUGUGUUCACGCCGCACAAUUACUCCUCGUCCCGCUUUGUUUCUCUGCCCGAAGAGAAGUCAAUUUUAGUUCAGCUCCCCCGCUUUCGGCCUCCUGGGUAAAACGCGCCUACGUAUUGCUUUCCCCGGGUCUGCGUUUCCCUUUUUAAUGUGGAUUAGGGGGAAAUCGGUGGCCGGGAAAGCCGUGCAUAUUCAAUCAGUAGGUUUUGGAGCCGCGCCUGUCAGAUAAUUUAAAUAUAUUUACUCUGGGGGUGCCGGAGCUGGCGUGGUCGGAGCCCGUUUUAAUGUACCUCUUCGCUUUCCUCAAGGAGCGGAACCUGCCGGCUCAGAAUGGUGUAUUCUGUGCACCCAACAGGGUGGAAGACAUGAUUUUGUUUGUGUUAGUUCAAACAGCUGGUCAUUAAUGCAGUCCCCAUCUCGCCACUGAAGUGCGGGCGGACGUGAAUGGCUGCCUGAUUAAUGCUGUCCCCUCCGAGGGUCCUUCACCCAGCAGUCAGGCUCGGAGCAGAAUAAUGUAGCAUGAUGUGAUUGCUCUCUAACAGGGUACUAUGUCAUUGUGUCACCAAGCAAUUGAGGUUAUUACGGGGCAGGGCAGACAGACGGGACAGUGGGGUUACUAGACCGUAGCAUUUUUAGAAAUACAGGCCUGACCUACUUAGAGUUAUUCUCUCUGGCUGGCAGCUGCGCGGAGCAUCCAGCCUUCUGAUAGGCUGAGGCUGUUGCUAGGGGGGACUCAGCCUGAAUUUUUCCACACACAGACUCAGUGACUGAAUGAUAAAAGCUGACUGGAAUUAAAGAGAUUUGGUUUAGUAUUAUACAGAUGGAUCGGCCCCGUUUUUCUUUCUCAAGUGCAAAGGAAGAGUGCAAAAUACAGAUUUUUUGUCCAUCUUGUUCCUUGACCCUCUGGUUCUCCCCCCACCAAAGAACCGCCAGAGCGAGGCAGUUAUGAAAUUUCGGUUAAUCUCUUUAAAGUCGGGGGUCAUGGAAAUGAUGUUGCAAAUGGCAAGAUAUUUAAGCUUAAAGACCGCUGAGAAUGACUAACAGAAGGUUAGAUUAUUUUUCCUCUUCUGUGCACUAAACUGUUUUGAAGUUGGGCAUGCAUCUUUCAUGCACUGUAUAUUUAAACUCUCUCCCCCUUUUGGGCUUGAACAAAACAUUUAUAUAAAUUCUCUUCUAUCCAAACAGCUAGAAGCUUGCAGUCUCUGGCUUGUUUAAAAUAAGAUGGUAAGGAUUCCAGAUUUGGACAGGGGAGAAAAAUAUAUAUAACACUUUUUUUUUUUUAAUUACAAAGUAUUUUUUUCUGGGAUAUUUUGGGUUUGGCUUAUUUUUCAAAAGCCAGCCUGGUGUUUGUUCUUGUGGAUAAAACUUAACUGCUCCCACCCUACCUCUUGGCUUCACAGUGUACCGAAAGAUACAGGUUUUUUCUCCAGAAGAAAAAGUAUCUGCUGAAUUUAUCUGCAUAUUGUUUUUCCUGGUUGCUCAUAUAAGCACUGCAUGUAGAGACUUCACAUAAUCAAUUUUAUAUGAUGAUACCCCUUUUAUAUCUACUCCUAUAUUCUCGAAGUAUCUCUGAGUUUGUGAUUUUUUAAUAGAUCUUUUCCAGAGGCAGAUUUUUUUUUAAAUAGCUCCUUUAAUGGAAACUGAAAGUCCAUCAGGAUAAAAAUUAAAACAAUAUGUAGUAAAAAUACUUUGGUUUUUUUUCUUGUUUCUAAUUGCAUACUAUCUGUGCUUUAACCACGGUGGCCUUCUGUUACCUUAUCUGUUCCUCUGCUGAAAGUAAUCAUUAUCCUGCCUUUUUUAUUUGAAAUUAAUUUUUGUAAGAACAUGGUGUGAUAUCACAAGCACACAUGGAGCUUGGCUCCGUUAGGGAGAGGAAUAAUGUAGUUUCUUGUAAAUGUCUAACAUUGGAUUCCUUGGCCACAUGGAAAAAAAGUAAAUUUAGAUGUGGGGUUUUCUUUUCAUUUUAGGAUUUUAAGAGUAUUCAAGUCUAUAUGUUUUCAAGUAGUGGUUAUCACUUACACCAGAUAUCACAGUCAAAAGAAAAAAAAUGAUCGAAUGAUGUCAGAGCCAAGAAACUCAUAAAUCUUUUCUCUUUUUUAAGCCAGCAAUGUUUACAUUUCAUCAUAUAACAUCAAGCUAAAACAGUGUAUUUUCUGAUGUUGUAAUUGAUGUUUCUUACCCUUACUAGCUUUGAGAAUCCCCCAAAUAACAUUUUUUUUUUAAAGAUUUCCAACCAUACUAGUGAUUUUUCUUUACUGAAUAAAAUACCAGUGUAUAUUUGUUGAA